GCUAAAGGGCGCGGUGCGCUGGAGCAAGAAGCGCCUGGAUCUCCAGGCCGUGAUGGCGGCGCUGGAUGAGGGCACCAAGCGAGGAGCAUCGAUCGACGAGGCAAUGGCGAGCUUUAACGCCGCAUUCUUGGAGCCGCGCCUUGUAGGUAGUGUGAUCCGGCGAGUCCCCAGCUUAGCACUAGCGAGGAAGUUCUUCGAUUGGUCUAGCAAGCAAGAGGGAUACAGGCACGACGUCUACUGCUACACGAGACUGCUCCAUCACCUCGUUCGAGCUCGCCGGACGAGAGAAGCGGUGAGAUUCUUCAAGCGCGAGCUGUGCGCUCACUGCCGCCCAAGCCUCUACAGCUUCACGAUCAUCAUCCAGUGCUUUUGCAACGUCAGGAAUCCGGGGAGAGCUUGGAGAUACCUCGGCUACAUGAGAUCGCUGGGAAUUCCACCGGAUGUCACUGCUUACAACGUUGUUCUCAAAGGCUACUGUGAUCUCGGUAGAGUCGGGAGAGCGCUGAUCAAGUUUGGAAAGAUGGGCAAGACUUGCAAGCCCAACGUCGCGACUUACAACACCGUGAUCAAUGGCCUUUGCAAGUUUGGGAAGAUCGACUGGGCCGUGUUCUUGUUCGAGAGGAUGACCGGAGUGGAAGGAUUGAGUUACUCCUACGAAGGUGACAAGACUAUCAUGAAAUACAGGCAUCUCUUCACCAGGCUUCCUCACGACUUGGUCGAUCCGGAUGGCUUCACUUACAGCACUUUGGUACACGGGCUAUGCCAGGCCGAGAGACUGGAGGCCGCGAUCAAAGUUUACGACAUGAUGCUGGAAGCCAACUACGAUGGCGAUGCCGGUGCUUACAACGCCAUGGCCGAUGGGUUUUGCAAGGAAAGGAGGGUGGACGAAGCUUUAGAGGUUUUGAAGACGAUGAUCCAGAGACGCUGCAAGCCGAGCGUGGUGACAUACAACUGCAUCAUCAAUGGUGUGUGCCAGUACAAGAACAGGAUCGAGGAAGCUUAUCGACUGUUUCAGCAGAUGGUUGGAAGUGAUUGUCCUCCGAAUGCGGUCACUUACGGCACUAUGAUUCUCGGGCUCAGCAAGAUUUACGAGGUCCAGCGCUGCUUGGAGCUUUUCAAAGGUAUGAGCAAGGCUGGCUUGAGUCCCGACGGCUACGCCUAUCACUCACUUAUCUACGCGUUUGUCAAGGUACGCAAGCUCGACGAGGCAAAGUCGAUCUUACAGGACGCCGCGAGAAACCAUGUUGGUCCGGACGUGUACAUGUACACGACGCUCAUCAGCGGCUACUGCCGAGCUCGAAAGCCGAGGGUUGACGAGGCUUUGCUUCUCUUCCAAAACAUGAAGGACAGGAGGGUGUGGCCAAACGUGAUCACGUACAACAUCGUGCUGCGAGGCCUUUGCAAGACUGGUCGAUUCGACGAGGCUUACCAGAUUUUCCAGGAGAUGUUCAAAGUGAAAUGCAGCCCGAACCGGAUGACUUUCAAAGUCAUGACCAUGGGAAUGAUUCACUGCAGGAAAACGGACAAGUUUGAGAGGAUUUUUAUGGAUAUGGUGUACAAAGGACGGUGGCAAGGGGAGGGCCCGAUACUAGAACAACACGGGUUGAUCGGUGUCACGGACGAGGCGAGGAGGGAAUUUUUCAUAAAGGCUGCUGCUUCCAGGGAACCUGGAAAUCCGGUCGAGGCUAUUCUCAAGGGCCAAUACUACUAGUUUUCCACAACACGGACAAGAUCUUCAGCAUUUCAAUUUUACCAAGUUCGACUAGCGAAUGAGAACCAAAUCUCCCGUCGUCGACUUUUAGAACUCUCGCUCUGAUUCAAACCAACUGAAGUUUCAGCCGAAUUUACAUGACGUGGAGCUUAUGUGUC